UGAACAAAAAAAAACUUGCAUGAAUUUUUUUCAAAUUCUGACAAUUUUCUUAAACUUCUUUUUAAAUUUUACUUCAAACAUCAUUUCAUCAUCAUCAUCAUUAUCAUCGGACUAUGAAUCGAUAGAAAAACGAUGGAUACUGGUGAUGGUAACAGUGGUGGUGGUGGUGGUAGUGUUACGGGUGGUAAUAGCCUAAAAGCAGAUAUACAAAAAUUAAGUGUUGAAGAAUUUGAAUUUGUUUUAAAUCAAUUAACUGAUCAUAAUAUUCCUGAACGUGAAAAAUGUCCACUUGUUCAACGUUUAAAUGCUGAAGAUUCAGCACGUGUAAAUAAUAAUAAUACAACAUCAUAUUCAUUGAUGACCGGUACGAUAACAACAACAACAACAACGACAAUAACAUCAAAUAAUAAUAAUAAUAAUAAUAAUAAUGAUAAUAAUCGAGAUGAUAGUGGUAAUAGUGGACGAUUAUCAUCAAAACUUCGUAAUAAUCGAUUGAAUAUAUUGAGUAAAGAUAAUGAAUUUCGUUCAACAAUGAAUUCAUCAUUAUUAAAUAAUAAUAAUGAUAUUGUACAUAGUGAUGAUGGUAGUGGUGAUCAAAAUGAUAAUAAUGAUGAUUCAAAUUUGAUUAAUAAAUCAACAAUAUCGAUGUCAUCAAUGUCAAAUAGUAAUAGUAAUAGUAGCAGUAGUAAAACAUUAAAUCGUGCCAAUUCAUUAUCAUCAUCAACAACAACGAUGCCUUUUUCAUCAACAACAUUAGCUACAAAAAGUGAUAAUAGUGAUCGAAGUAAUCAACAUCCUCAUCAUACUAUCAUUAUAAUGGAUGAACAAAUAACAAAACCAUCAUCAACAUCAUCAUUACAAUCGAAAAAAACUAUUGAUGAUGCCUGUUCAUCAUCAUCAUCAUCAUCCAUAAAUAAUCAGCUUGUCGAUAAUAAUCAUGAUAUGAAUUCAACAUUGAAUCAUCGUCGUCAUUUAAGUCAAGUGAUUGAAGAUGAAAAUAUUGAAUUAUUAAAAUUCAAUGUUAAUAAUAAUCAGAAUAAUAAUAAUAAAGAUCAGAGUGAUUUUUCAGAUGCUAGUCAACAACAAUUAAAUAGUGAUCAUCAUUAUAAUGAACGUAAUAAUAAUAAUUAUAAUGAUAAUGAUAUAAAUAUAAUGAAACAAUCAUCAUCAUCAUCAAAUAAUAUUCAAUCAUCAUCAUCAUCAUCAUCAACAUCAUCAUCUUGUUCAACAACAUUUUCAUCUGUACAUUUGGAUAAUAUUAAUUCACUUGUAAAUAGUAUCAAUAAUAGUCAAUAUGAUAUAACACCAUUAUAUAAACCAAUUUUAUUGAAUGAUAAAAAUAAUUUAUUACAUGGUGGUGAUAAUAAUAAUAUUCAAACAACAACAAAACAACAUCAAUCAGAUGAUGAUUCAUCUUUCGAACAUAAUAAUAAUAAUAAAUCGGAAAGAAUGUUUGUUGAAAUGAAAAAUCUACGACAAAAAGCUAAUAUUAUUGAAUAUAGUACGGCGGCUGAUAUGAUGAAACAGCGAAAUCUUAAUAAUAAUAAUAAUAAUCAGGAUUUAAAUAGUGUUGAUAGAGUUAUUGAAAUGCCAAUGCUUUCUACCGGUAAUAAUAAUCAUAUUCAUCAUCAUAAUCAUCAUCAUUUAAAUCAUCAUCGACCGGCAUCAACAUCAACGAUUGAUAAUAAUGGAUCAAAUAUCAAUCAUAACAAUAAUAAUCAUCAUCAUCAUUCAACAACAUCCAUAUCACCACCAUCAAGUUAUAGUUAUUUGAAUAAUAAUAGCAAUAAUUCUUCAAAUUACAAUACGACCACUACUACUACCACAAUAACAAAAGCUAAUAGACGUGAAAAGAAAAAGAAACAAAAAGAGGAAGUAAAAUUUUCACAAGAUAUUGAAGGACAUAUUGGUUUUAUGGAUAUACCAUAUCUUGAAUCGAUUAUAAACAAUACAUCUUCCUCAUUGCCAUCAUCAUUAUCAUUAUCAUCAUCAUCUACAACAACAAUGACAGCAACAACAUCAACAUUAAGUAUGAAUAAUAAUAAUAACAAUGUAAAUAUAUUUGAUUCGAAAAGAAACAAUACUGGAACUAUUGUUAGUGUUAAAGAGAAAAAUCAACAACAACAACAACAACAACAGAAUAAUAAUGAAACAAUGUUGACAACAACAUCCAUGCAACAACAACAACAACAAACAAUAAUAAAUGAUGAUGAUAAUAAUAAUGUCAAAAUAGGAUUAAUGAAUAAAACACGACCAUUAAAUUCAUUUGUUGUUAGUUGUGAUGAUAUAUCAUCAUUGAACAAAUGUAAUUCAAAUAAUACUAGUCCAGAAUUGUCUUCGGCUGCUGCUGUGGCUGCUAAUGUUGGCACAAAUAAUAAUAAUAAAUCGAAAAAGAAUAAAUCGAAACGUAAACAACAACAACAACAAGAUAAAAAUAAUAGCAAUAAUAAUGACAAUAGCAAUAAUGAUGGCUGUUCAGGAAAGAAUAUGAUGACCAAUUCAACAUCGGAUUCAAAACUUGAAAAAUUAAAAACUGAUAUUCGUCGUAAUAAUAAUCAAAAGAAUAAUGAUAGCCAAAGUGUUAGUGGUGACGGUAAUUCAUCAUCAACACGAAGAAAAUCUAAUCAACAACGUAGACAAAAUUCCACAACUUCGACCGUACCUCCAAAUGCAUCUAGUUCAGAUGAUUUUGAAGAUGUAACCGAUGAUGAUAAUGAUGAAGAUGAUGACGACGACGAUGAUGAUGAUGAAGAGAUUCGAUUGACAAGAUUAUUAUCACGAUCGAAAAAAUCGAAUAGCUUAUUACCUGGCUCAUCGAUUUCAAAAGAACCAUCAAUUGAUUUGGUUGAUUUGGAUAAUGAAUUCUAUACAGUAUCUGAUUCUGAAAUGGUUGAUCGUGAAAAAGAUUUUGUAACACCAAAAAAUAGAUAUCUAAAACGUAAAAAACAUUUAAAUGCUGUUCGAAAUAAUCAAACUAACAACAACAGUGGUAAUGUUGCUGGUGGUCAUACUAGAUAUGUUGGUAGUGGUGGUGGAUUUAUCAAGAAUAAUGCUCAAACAUUUUCCACUAAUAAUAAUAAUCGUAUGAAUACAUUAAAUCGACAUUCAUCUGCAUCCACAUCAACAUCAUCAUCAUCAACAACAACGACAACCAUGAUGGGUAACAACAACAACAAUCAUCUUCAUCGUGGUUAUGAAAGUGAACGUGAAUCUUCAUCAUCAUCAACAACAUGGAAUCAACAUAAUCGAAAUCGUCUUCAUAAUCGUCAAUCGAUGAAUAUUAAUAAUGGAACAAUGAAUAUUAAUUCGAAAGUUGGAAAUCAAACCGAUGUGGUGAGUCAAAGUCUUUCAUCAUCAAUGUUUGCCAUUGAUAAAUCUGAAUCAAAUGUUGAUAAAAAAUUAUCGGAUUCAAUUCGAUCAAAUGAUUUGAAUAUUCAUCAUCCAUCUUCAAGUAAAUUUAUUCAUCAUGAAUUUCCUCCAACACAUUCAAUGAGUACAAAUAUAAAUGCCGUAACACUUCAUUCGGCAAAUUCAGAUAAUCAUCUAAAUUUAUUGGGUGAUUCGAACAAGAAUAUAUCAUCAUCUAAUAAUACAUCAGAUGGUGGUAUGAAAAUUCCUUCAUAUGCUGAAAUAGCGAAAUCAUUCAAUGUUGCUCCAUCGAAUGUUAAAGCUCAAUUAGCUCAACGAUUAUCAUCAUCAUCAUCAACAACAACAGCAGGAAAACAAAUGGUUGAAAAUCAAAAAAUAUCUACAACCGUUUUAUCCGCUACUGCUAUCGAAUUUCCUCAAUUAACUGCCACACAACAACAACAAGAAGAAACAAGUAAUGAAAAAAAUGAUAAUGAUAAUGCCUCUACCGGUAAUGAAUAUAGUACAAGUACGAAAAGCCGACAAGACAAAGACAAAAAUGACGGCGACAAAAAUGUAUCAAUGAACGAUGAUGAUGAUGAUGAUGUUGUUGUUGAUGUUGAUAUUGACAAAAAUUCAGCUAUGGCGCCGACAACCAUCACCAAUGGUAACGGUGGUGGCGACAUUCAAUGUUCCAUAAUGACUAAUGAUAAAAAUUAUAAUGAUGAUGAUGAUGUUGAUGGUGAACGAUUAUUACCACUACAACCAAAUAAUAUGAAGACUAUGACGUCGGAUACAAAUAAUAAAGAGACUACUUCAGCAAUAACAACGGCGUCUAAAAUGAUGAAAAUGAAGACGAAAAAAUUAGAAGCAGCAGUUGAUUCAACAAAGACACGUGUUAGUGUUGGUAGUGGCGCUGUUGAUACUAAUAAUGAUGAAGCUGAUAAUGAUGAUUGUGAUGAUCAAAAUGAAUAUCAUGACGUUGUUCAUGAUUUACCAAAAACAACAAUUCAUAUGAAAACAACUACAGCGAUUGAUGACUCGGCGACGAAUGACAGACAAAGUUCCAAUAAUAAUAAUAAUAAUAACAAUAACAACAAAAACACAGAAAAUAACAAAAUCAUGCCUAUCGAGAUUCGUCAAAAUAUGAAACAAAAUAAUAAUAAUAAUAAUAAUAAUAAUCGAAUACUGAAUCCACAAUCAACAAUGAUGACUAGUAAUAAUACUAAUAAUCAAAAUAUGCCAGAAUCACCACCGGUUAUUAUUUAUGGUGAUGUUUCAUUUGAAUUUAAUCAUUAUCAUAUCAAUGAUCAUGAUCAUGAUCAUCAAUGUCAUAAUAAAGAUGGUGGUAGUGUUGUUGUUGGUGAUGGUGAAACGCCCCAUAACAAUAAUUACAACAAGUGUUCAUCCAUUUAUAAUCAUAAUAAUCAUCAUCGAUGUAAUGGUGUUAAUGAUAAGAUUGUAUUUGGAUUUUUUGAUGAUAUACAAAAUGAAUUUGAUGAAAUUCAACAGAAUCAUUCAUAUAAUGAACAAAUUUAUCAAUACGAUACUGCCAAUAAUAAUACUAUUAUGGAUGAAAAAUCCAAAAUAUCAAACAUAAGUGAUAAACAGCAAUCGCAAAAACAGAUGAAUCAAUCAUCAGAAAAUAUAUGUGUAGCUGAUAAUGAUAAUAAUAAUGUUAUUGAUAUUGAUGAUGAUGAUAAUAAUAAUCAACAGCAAACAAAUGAACAACAUCCGGUAUCGAAUAAUGAAAAUAAUAAUUUUGAAAGUUUUAAAAAGAAUGCCGUACAUGUAAAUGAUCUUGAAAAUCAUUGGCAUCAGGAAGUGGUUGUUGCUUCAAAGAAAAAUUUUACUAUCAAUGAUAAUAUGAAUCAAAAUUCAAAUCGAUCAAUAAAAAAUCUUCCAAAGAAUGUAACCACAAACAUCAUUAUGGAUGAUAAAAUAUUUUCAUCAUCAUCAUACAAAUCUAAUGAUAAACAGUCCAAACAACAAAAGAUGUGUUUCAUAAAUUGUCUAAGCAAAUAUAAUGUUUGUCUACAAGAUACUGCCGAGCUUAAUGUUAAUAAUUUUACGAAUCUUGUUAAUUUUAUUUAUACUCAUUGGGUUAAUAAAAAAGUCUACACCGAAACUGUCUGAAGGAUAAUUGUGAAAAAUAGUUUUUUUUUCUUCUGUCAAUACUUUUUCCUUGUGAUGAUGAAAUGAUGGAUUAAUUGAUUCACCAAGAUCAUCAAUUUUGAAUUCAACAUUUUCAAAUAUAUUGGUUUUGGAGAAACAUUUUCUAUUCUGAUAUUGCUUUGUUGUUUCUUCCCACCACACAGCAUCAUCAUUAUUAUUUGAAAAUGAAAUGAAAAAACAAACAAACAUCUUUUUAUAAUCAAUGAUGAUCAUCAUCAUAUAUUUCUCCACCGUUUUUGUUUUUGUUUUUCUGUCCUUUUGUUAAUUAUCAUUUCUUUGAUGAGAUUAUUCAGUCCACCUUACUCUGAAAUCUUUUUUUCUGAUUGUUUGUUUGAUUUGGUGGUGAAGAAUAUAUUAAUGCAAAAAAAUAAUCAAUAACUCAUUAUAAUUCAGUUCAUCUCAUUCAUUUUUACUUUUGUUAUCUUGAUUGUCUCUUUAUUAUUAUUAUUUUUCAUUCAUUU